AUAUUUUAUUUUGUAUUUUAUUUUAUCAAGUGCUGUUUCUAUUUUAUCUUUAAAAAAUUUAUAAUAUAUCGAAAUAUAUUUUUUUUUUAAUAAUUAUGUUUAAAAAAAUCAAAUUGAGGAAAAAAAUAAGAAUGAAAUCUCGACAAUUUUAACAGCUUUAAAAAAAUAUAUAUUUAAAAAAUUUAAAUUUUUUUUAUAUAGACAGUUGGUUUGGCCACUUGUGGCCUCUUUUAAAUGUACUGUAAAUAAUUAAAAUUAAAUAUUUAAUCAGUUUUAAAAGUACGCUAAAUAAAAAAUCAAAUCAUAUAAAUUUUUUUCCCAUAUUUUUAUUUGUUAUUUUAAAAUAUGAUAAAAAUAGAAUAAAAAGAAUAUAUUUUUUUUUUUUUGUCACAAUAUAUUAAUUAUUUAUUAUUAUUUAUAAUAAAUUAAAAAAAUUUAUAAUUAUUUAUUAUUAUAAAUAUAAAAUACUAUUUAUUAUUAUAAAUUUUAAUUUAUAUUUUAUUUACUUUUUUUAAAAAAAUAAUUCCACUAAUUAUUUUUACAAUUAAUGAAUAAUAAUUUGUUUAAAUUGAAUGAGUAAUGUGUUAUUUCCAGAUUGACAAAUGCAAAUAUUAAAAAAAUUGAAAAGUGAUAGUGAUGAUGAGAAUGAUCAUAGUGGGGGGAUAUCCAGUUGACCCUGAUGAUGUUAACACUCGUCUUCCUCACUUAUUACCACUAAAUGAUUAAACCAUAAUUCCCAACAGUCUUACAUUUGCUCUUGACUAUCAACUACUCAUCCCAAAAUUCAAUAAAAAUUCUCAAUAAUCAUUUAAAAUGAUUUUAACAAAUUGCCAGCUGUUAAUCGUACUGUUGGCAUUUUUAUUUAAAAAUACAUCAUCACAAAAUUGGUCAGAUUCAUGUAUAAAUCCCGAAGGUAACAAUGGUAUUUGUAUACCAAUUCGUCAAUGUGCACCAUUAGUCAACAUAUUAUUAACUCAAUCUGGAUCUGAAAGAGCAAUGCAGUUUGUACGUUCAUCGAAAUGUGGUUUUGAUGGUAAUAAUCCACUUGUUUGUUGUGUCAAUAACAACAACAAUAAUUUACCAAAUAAUGGACAAACAUCUGGUGGUAAUAAUAAUGGUUUUAAUGUACCUGGUAAUGGUGGUUUUAAUAAUCAACAAGUUCCAAAUAAUAAUGGAUUCAAUGAUGGAUUUAAUUUUAAUAAUGGAUUUAACAAUCAACAAAGACCAAAUGAUAACGGAUUUAAUAAUGGUAAUGGUUUUAAUAAUGGCAAUGGUUUUAAUAAUGGUAAUGGUUUUAAUAAUGGUAAUGGCUUUAAUAAUGGCAAUGGAUUCAACAAUCAACAAAGACCAUUUGAUAAUGGAUUUAAUAGUAAUAAUGAUGCUGAUAGUGGAAUAUUUAAUGACAAUAAUAACAAUGGUUUUAAUAAUAAUGAUGGUAGAAAAAAUAAACCAAAUGGAUUUUUUAAUGGACCAGAUAAUUAUGGUCAAAUAGUACAAGAAACAAAUAAUGAAAAUUUAUUACCAACUGAAUGUGGACGUGAUUUAUCAUUGAGAAUUGUUGGCGGUGAAAAAACUCAACUUGAUGAAUUUCCAUGGAUGGCAUUGUUGGAAUAUACAAAACCUACUGGAAAAACAUUGAGCUGUGGUGGAGCAUUAAUAAGUAGUCGUUAUGUAAUGACAGCAGCACAUUGUAUUGUUGGUAAAGAUUUACCAAAAAGUUGGAGUUUAAAAUCAGUUAGACUUGGUGAAUAUGAUACAUCUACAAAUCCAGAUUGUAUAUCAGAUGGUUAUAAUUCAGUUGUAUGUGCACCACCAGUUGUUAAUGUUGAUAUUGAAAAAACAGUUGUACAUGAAAAUUAUUCUCCAACAAAUAAACAUCAAAUGAAUGAUAUUGCGCUAUUAAGAUUAUCACAAGAUGUAAAAUUUACUGAUUAUAUUAAACCAAUUUGUUUGCCGACAAGUGAUAAUAUUGCAUCAACAUUGUGGGUUGCUGGUUGGGGCAAAACUGAAAAUCGUAGUGAAUCAAAUAUUAAAUUAAAAGUAUCAUUACCAUUAAGUUCACGUGAUAAAUGUGAAAGAGUUUAUGGUGCACAUGGUAUUAAUUUACGUAAUAGUCAAAUUUGUGCUGGUAGUGAAAAAGGUAAAGACACAUGUCGUGGUGAUUCUGGUGGUCCACUUAUGUCUGUUGAAAGAACAGCUGAUAAUAUUGCUAGAUGGACGGCUGUUGGAAUUGUUUCAUUUGGACCACAUCCAUGUGGAAUGCCAGACUUUAGUGGUGUGUAUACUAAAGUCUGGGAUUUUACCGAAUGGAUACGCAGAAAUAUGAGACCAUAAAUUUCACAUCACAUGUAUUAUUAUUAUUGAAACAAUAUUUUUUUCUAAAAAUUAUGUAACAUUUUUUUUUUUUUUUUAAAUGCUUAUUUAAAUAAAAAAUAAUGAAUUUUAAAAAUAA